AUGACUAUUCAUUACGGUUUUCCGAAACUGUUUCAGAAGCUCGAAGAUGAAGACGAUCAUCAUUACUCGCAGUGCAUGAAUGAAUCUAAUAAAGCGGGGUCAGAACCAUGGAAGUCAAACCAUAACGAGGAUUAUAUGGAUGUGGAGGAGGAUGGUGUCAAAGAAUGGGAUUGGGAAAAGGACAAUAUGGAAUUGGAGGAUAUGGAAGAGGACGAAAGUGAAGAGGACGAAAGUGAGGAGGACGAAAGCGAAUGGGAGGAUGAUGAAGAAGAGAAACGUCGCAAUAAGUGGACGGUCAUGGAACACAAAGGUCCAAUUUUUGCUCCGGAAUAUGAACGGCUUCCUGAAAAUAUCCGGUUUUAUUAUGAGGGGAAAGAGUUCAAGUUAUCUCUCCCAGCAGAAGAGGCUGCCACUUUUUAUGCAAAGAAACUGAAUCGUGAAUGUACAGCGAGGGACAUCUUCAAUAAGAACUUCAUGGAAGACUGGCGCGAAGUCAUGACAGAGGGAGAGAGAGAAAUCAUCACGGACAUUAAACAGUGCAAUUUCAGAGAGAUAUAUACCUAUUUACGAAAAAAGAAGAUGGAAAUGAAGUCGAAUGAAGAAAAGCAAAAAUUGCAGAAACAGAAGGAAGCCAUCUUGAAGGAAUACGGCUAUUGUACCAUCGACGGCCGUAAGGAGCGCAUAGGCAACUUCAAAGUAGAAAAACCUGGUAUAUUCAUUGGCCGAGGGGAACACCCCAUGCAGGGGAAAAUUAAAACUCGCAUCAGGCCAGAAGACGUCAUUAUCAAUUGCAGCGAGCACUUUAAGCCAGAGCCACCACCAGAACAGGAAUGGAAGGAAAUCCGUCACGACCCGAAGGUGACCUGGUUGGCCUGCUGGACUGACAUUAUCACUGGACAUCUCAGGUAUGUCACCUUAAGUCCUUCAUCCUCCCAGAAUAUGAAAAGGGAUUUUCAGAAGUUUGAAACUGCUCGAAGGCUCCACAAACACAUCGAAAAUAUUCGGGAAAACUACAGCGAGGACAUGAAGAGCGAGGAUGUACAGAUGAAGCAGAGGGGAAUUGCGAUGUACCUCAUAGACCAACUGGCCCUCCGAGUCGGGAACGAAAAAGAUGUAGAAGUAACAGCUGAUACAGUUGGCUGUUGCUCUCUACGUUAUGAACAUAUCACCCUUACAUCAGAACGUGACGGUAAAAAGUUUUUGGUGAUGUUUGACUUCCUCGGCAAAGACUCAGUCCGGUAUCUGAAUGAGGUAUCUGUUGAGGAGGAAGUAUUUAAGAACCUGCAGUUCCUAUUGGAAGAUAAGGAGGAUGGAGAUGUCAUCUUCGACCGUCUCAACCCGAAUGAUCUCAACAAACACUUGAAAGCCCAGAUGCCUGGACUGACUGCCAAGGUAUUCCGAACAUAUAGAGCAUCUGUAACGCUGCAGGAACAGCUGGAUAAACUGACUGAUCCUAAUGACACAUUCGAAGGAAAGAAAUUGGCUUACGAGGAAGCAAAUUGGGCCGUGGCAAAACUUUGCAACCAUCGGCGCUCGACCCCAAAAAUCAAUACCAAUACGAUCAAGAUCCACGAAGAGAAUAUCAAAGAAGCAGAGAGAGCGGUGCAGCAGGCUAAAAGAAAUCUGGAGACUGCACAGAAAGCCUACGAGAAGUCUAAGGGCAUGGGGGAAAAGGCAGAGGUGGAAAAGAAGGAGAAGACUCUUUGGAGACAGGAAGAGAAGCUCUCGAAACUCAAAAUCGAGGCAAUUCACGCAAAAGAAGGAAAGGAACCGGCCCCAGAAGUUUCAAAAUUGUACUACUUGGAUCCAAGAAUAACCAUUGCCUGGUGUAAGAAACAUGGUAUACCUAUUGAAGAGAUCUUCAGCAAGACUAAGAGAGAGAAGUUUCGCUGGGCUAUUGAUACGACUGAGCCUGAUUUCCGAUUUGAUGAACUCGAAUAG